AUGAAAGGCGGAGACGCCAAAGACUGGGGUCACACCAACUUCCAGUGGAGCAAACUCUGCGAACAGACUCUUCGCAACACGUUUAACGCGAAGUCGUUUCGAAGUUUACAACUGCUCGCGGUGAAUGCCACCAUGGCCGCGAGAGACUGCCUCGUGUUGAUGCCCACUGGCGGAGGCAAAUCGUUGUGCUACCAGCUCCCGGCUGUCGUCAAGCCCGGUAUCACGGUGGUCAUCUCACCGCUUAUUUCAUUGAUACAGGAUCAGCUGCACCACUUGAGUGAAAUGGGUAUUCCAGCAACAGUGCUUUCUGCUGCAAAGGACAGUGAUAAUACGAUAUACGACGAUCUUCGCUCACCUACGCCCGAGCUUCGACUCUUAUAUGUCACUCCAGAAAAAGUAGUGCGAAGUGGCAAAUUAAAGACUGCUCUGCAGAGAUUAUAUGAGAGAGGUAUGCUGAAUCGCUUUGUGUUGGACGAAGCGCACUGUAUCAGUGCUUGGGGACAUGACUUUAGAAAGGAUUACACCGAACUGAGAGGUUUGAAACAUUUAUUCCCGACGACGCCAAUCAUGUGCCUGACGGCGACGGCAACUCGAAGAGUUCAAGAUGACAUAGUUCGCCAGUUAAACUUACCAAAGUGCUUGCGAUUUUUCGAUACAUUCAAUCGAACCAAUUUGACGUACGAAGUUCAUCCGAAACUUAAAGGUAAGCAAAUGGUCAACGAGAUAAAAAAUCUUAUCGUGAGUCGCAAACUGAUGAGAAACAAUCGUGUGCAAUGCGGUAUCAUUUAUUGCUUCAGUCAAGCCGACUGCGAAAAAAUUGCAACGGAAUUAAACAAGAUUGAUCGAUCAGUGGGAGACCGCGAGAGAUUCCCUAAACGACUACGGGCCGUGCCUUAUCACGCAGGCUUGGCAGACAACGUGCGGAAGAAGCAUCAGGAAAUGUGGCAAAGAGAUGAAGUGAACAUUAUUUGCGCUACGGUGGCGUUUGGGAUGGGUAUCAACAAACCAAACGUUAGAUUCGUGUUUCAUCAUAGCAUGCCUAAAUCUCUGGAGGCAUAUCAUCAAGAGAGCGGUCGUGCUGGACGCGACGGUGAUCAUGGUUUGUGUAUUCUCUUUUACUCUUGGGGCGACGCGUCGAAAGCGAGGAGUAUGUUGAUCGAUAGUGCUCGCAGAGAGCGUGCCCAACCGGCGGUCCUUCAAAACAAUCUAGAGUCCCUCAACACUAUGGUCUCUUAUUGUGAAAAUUUGGCGGAUUGUCGGCGGACACAAUUGAUGGCUCACUUCGAUGAACGGUUCGAGCGCUCGCAUUGUCGAGGCAUGUGUGACUCGUGUCACGCUAUAGCCAAUGGGGUCAAAUUCGAGCAAACAGACAUCACCGAGUACGCUAGAGGAAUUAUCAGCAUCGUGAAA